CGGGGCGUUAUACAAUUAGCAGCGUUAUGUAAUUACGUAAUUCCGUUACGCUAUUACGCAAUUGGUUCCGUAUCGUUAUAGGGAUCGUACGAUCGCCUCGCGAGGUGGUAUACGUGGUCGUGGACAAUUCAGUCGAUUCGUGCGGGGCUAACUCCGGGAUUCAGAAUCGAGUCUCAGCCUCUCGAGUCUCGAGAUCGCUCGCGAGGAUCGCGGGGGACAAUGGGGGACAAUGGCGAGUGCGGGGACCGUCUCCGAGCGUAAUUUCUAUAUUUGCGGCCGCAUGCACGCGAACGCGUAUAUAUAUAUAUAUUUUUACAGGCGCAGCGAAGCUCCUUUUCCCGUGAUAUCAUAGUUACGCGCGACGGAACAAAAGAUAGAGCGGCGGGCGGGGAACGCGCACACGUAGCACACGUAUGUACGCGCAUACGCAUACGCACGCACACGCACGCACGGUGAAGGUAGGAAAGUGAUACGGAUAUCUCUUCUUUUCCCCGACUCUGUGCGGUGCACCGCGAGGGAGGCGCGCACGUUUCACCUGUGCAUCGCAUCGGCACAGGAAGCUCGUAGACACGUCGUCGUCUCAGUCGCGUGUUUACAUUGAGAGCAGUACGAUGAGUGUCGUACUAAUGCAGCGGAAAAAAAGUAACAUCUUAAUUAUACGGUUCGUUCGCCGAUGCAGUUUCUUCUGCAGCCGCUCGUGUUAAUCCGCGAUAAUCUUCGCCCCUUUUUGUCCGUAAUGUGUUAUUGAUAGUAAUUGAAGGAAAAUCGAAGCUUCCCCCCGUGUGCCGUCGGUGUCGCGGAGUAAUCGAUCGUUCAUAGAUCUAAUUAAGAUCUGCUGAUUCGUUCGGUCGAUGAGACAUCUUCGUCGCUGUGUCAGAAAGAAAUUUUCGACGAAUCAGCGAGGAAAUUUCGUGGCGUGAAACUGGAGCAAUGAACGUUAUCGUGGCAGGAAACCGCGAGAAACCGACAUCCUACGAUCCCGCGAGGAAAAGUUGCGAUGAAUUCUAAUGACUCGCUCGCGAAAGCCAGUUGAGCGAAAUAAAAGUAAUCGUGAUAGGCGAAAAUUCACGGUACUGCAGCGAAAUAUAAAUCUGUGAUGUACUCUGCAAUUCUAUAUACGAUACAAUCGAACGAGCUCGCGUUUUAGAAACCUGAUGUCGCGUUUGUAAACAUUACGGAUUAAUGCGAGCUGUUUUGAAUAACAGUGCGAACGAGGCGCGACUGCAACAGUGAAACGUGUACAAUUAAACCGGGAAUUAAUUCGGGAUACUAUCGACGGGGAAACCGGAUCUUUUGGUCACGCUUUCACAUUUUUCGCAUCCGCGCUACAGAUAAGCGCGAAGGUUCCGCCUUGCCGAGGCUGAUUAGAGACCGCAACAUCCUAGAAUGACAUGCCGUCCACGAGACGAGCCCAGUGCACCGAGGACUGCAGGUGCGUGUUGUGCCGCGAGUUGAAAGGCUGCAAGAUGAGCGCCAACGGCGUCGAGGUUCAGCAGAAGAUCGGCCACGAAGGGGCGAAUUUUAUUCUGCGCCGAGCCGUACCCUUCCUGCCGAAGCCUCCGGCGCGAGAGGAGUGGCGGGAAGUCGCGAGGCACGACGAUUACGAGAGGAGCUCGACCUUGGAGGACCGAAGUCGCCGCGGCGGAAACGACGGUCGUGAUCUUAAACCGUGGACGCCGAGCAACGACAUCGCGAAACCAGGGAGGGACACAAGUCACAAGACGGUCAUCUACUUCGGGGACUCGAAUCCGAGACCGAAAGAGGACAAAGCGAGGCAGCAACAGCUGCAGCAGCCCCCGCCUCUGCCUCCGUCGCCGCCGGCACCGCCGCCACCGCCGUUACCGGAAGCGUGCGUGCAGGUGACAUCGAGACGCAACGAGGAUUCCGAGACGUCGUUGCACCCGCGGAACGAUGAGACGGAGGCUCGUCCGCGGGACGCGUCGGAGCGGGAAGAGGACGCGGGACGACGAGAUUCCGCGAUGGAGAACGGCGAUCCCAAGGCCGCGCACGAGAUCGUGGUGAACGUCAGCCCCAGCAGGGAGGACGUGCUGAGGAUAGAGGAGGACGAAACCCAGCUGGAGGACUAUUGGUCCUUGCCGGGGGAUACGAGCGGGUUCAAGGCGGAUUGGAGUUUCGUGCAGCAGUGGCGACUGAGGGGACCGGGCGGUGGAAAUAGCCGCGAGAUAUAUUGCCCUUCUUACUCUAAGGAUUUCACCGAGAAUUCCCCCAAAAGCGGGGUCCACGAUAUGGUCCAUAUGAUACCGGAAAGAGAUACGGACAGCGUGGCACCGACACCGACCCCGCAGCACCCCCGUCACUCCCAGCAUCAUCAUCUCAGUUUACACGAACUCCGUGCGCUUCAGAGGCGGCCGGAAUGCACCGGCAACAGCUCCUCCGAUGAGAAUCGAUCAUCGGGACACGCGAGCAUGUCGGAUACUGGUGGCCACACGAGCAGUAGUUCACCGCCGCAUCGUCAUCAUAGAGCCCACAGUCCUCAGCAAUUGAACGCCGUGCCCGAAGACGAUCGACUCUCGGCCUCGGUCACCCAAAGGAAUGGCAGGAGUCGAUCCGGACAGAACCGCAAUCGGCACCGAGCUACUCCCGCUAAGCUACAGGUACCAUGGUCGGGUUCUGGUUUGGAGGAUAUAAAACUGGCGAUCCAACAGCUGACGAUGCGCUCGCACAAAUCUUCGUCCACAUACUCUUCAUUGAGCGGCUCGGAGAGCUCGGAACCCGCAGUUAGGAGGCUGAUGCGACACUCCAGCCUGGAGACGAUUAACACCAAUGUGACCAGUGCCGAUGAGUUCGUCUGGGUAGACUCUCACAAUCGUUUGGUGGAACUGCAGCAGCUACCGUGGACUCACCACGAUGUGCUACGUGUACUUCAGAACGGUCGCACGAGAGAGCACAUGGAGCAAGUCUCGAUGGAGACGAUUCCGCGGCUUUCCUAUCUCCUGCAACGCGCGCUAGUCAGGAUCGGCCGCGAGACUCAGAGAUUAGCGAAGCCCAUAGGUCUCUGCAGUAAGCACGAGGUGUACAGCGCCUUCAAGAUCGUACUCUGCCCAGCUCUGGCGGAUUCUUGCACCAAGGCUUGCCUUCGAGCUGCCGCGAUGUUCGCUGUAUCUGGCGAUCAGCUGAAACAAUCGAAGGCAUCCCGUUCGGGGCUACAAUUGCCAGUCGGACGUUUCUUACGUUGGAUGUCCGACGUGAGACUCGGGCGGAUGAUUCACGAGUAUGCCGCGAUAUAUCUGACGGCCGGGAUCGAGAAUCUUCUGGAGGAGAUACUGCUACAAUGCGUGCCGACCGAACCGCAUACGACCCUCACGGCGACAAUGCUGGAGCACGCUAUAGCCAAUAGCGGCGACUUAUGGGGCCUGUUACAGCCAUACGCGCAUCUCAAUGCCGGUCGAACGGCAUCGGGCGCUCUCGCGAUGCCUCGUUGGGCAAGUGUAAGUUCCUUGAACUCGUCAUCGUCGUCGCGCAGUGGGCGGGAUGUAGCUCAGUCAGCUUUGGAACCGUCGUUGCUUACGACUUGCGUGGGAUCGAUGUCGGAAUUGAUCGAUUUGAUUUCCAAGGUAGCGCAAGCAGGACGCUGCCCCAUACCAUUGACAAUGAGGGCGUUACAUGCCCUAUUUUAUUACAUGAGGUGCUCGCAGCUGGAGCACGGUGAACGUGGAUCUGGAAUACAGGAAUUAGCUUACGAACGAGCUUACGUAGUGCUACCACCUUUAGUAGAAUGGUUGCGAGUAGCUGCAGCGCACACCGAGCACAGACACGGUCUGGUCAUGGAUCAAGAUGACAUUAAUCAAGCUGCCCGACUAUUGUUGCCUGGUGUAGAUUGUCCCGUUCGACCAAUAAGCUCCGAGGAGAUCGCAGUGUGUUCAAAGCGCAUCGACGAUGCCGAAUACGUUCGGUUGCUGACGUUGGAUAUGGCCUUCAAGAUGUUGACUAGCGGGCGGACGGAUCUCAUAGCCCAGGCAAUGUCGUUGCUGCCUUCAACGAAAAUCAACACGGUGAAUGACGCCGGAUUCACGGCUCUGAUGCUAGCGUGCGUGAACGGUGAUGAAUCAGCUGUGAUGGCUUUACUGGAUGCCGGGGCAGACUUGAACAUCGAAAGCCCGCCACCCACGACGAGCUCGUCCUCGAAUACACCUUCCAAGAUCCCACAAACGUCCGGUAUAUCGAACGUUAGAAGCCCGAUCAAUCAGUCGGCGAUGAUAACGCCCAAUAAAACGAUGCCGAACGCGAACGUAGCGUCUAAUAGUCCUAACGGUCCUGGCGGAGCUAUUCCUAGUGGCAUAUGUUACGCGCAGACCGCCUUCAAUGCGGAGACGCAACACUGGACCGCUUUGACUUACACGGCUCUAUUGGGUCACUGCAAUAUCGCCAGAAUAUUGUUGGAGAGAGGUGCCGCGGUGGAAGGCGGCGCGAAACUCAGCGAGGAUAAGUGCACGGUUACGCCUCUGCAAGCAGCCACAGGGUCGGGAAACAACGAGAUGGUAGCUCUGCUCCUGGCACACGGAGCGCAGCCGUUUCUGUCCACUCUAAUCAAGGACUCGUUUUCCUACUCAGGUUCCGUGCAACGUGGUUGUUACAGCGCAAUAUCGGUGGCAACGGCGCAUGGCCAGAGAAGCUGUCUUCAUCAACUGCUAUCGCAUCCACUCAACUUCUCAGCCAAGCGAGGAGAAAAAGAGAUAUUAUCUUUGGAAGAGAUAUUAGCGGAAGGUAACGCCGGUAAUUCUCAACAGCAAACUGCCGAAGGAAGAGGAGCUCGCAGAGAAGGCAAGGAACCGGUAUUUAAUAAGAUACAAACGAAGGCGUUACAAGAAGCGAUGUAUCAUAGCGCGGAAAGCAAUCAUUUAGAUAUUACCAUGGAACUUCGCGGGUUAAAAGUAGGCUGGACAUUACACUGUUGGAUGCACAGUCUCGCAACAGCUCACGAAAUGCGAUUGGACUCGGUUAUAGAUCAAUUACUUCAAGACUUUCUCCAAGUCUGCCCAGACGAUUAUUCCACGCAGUUCGUGCAGGAAUGUUUGCCACUUUUAUUCAAUAUUUUUAGAUAUAGUAAGAAGGAAGGCACGACGCUCUUGCUCGCUGAUAUAUUUUGCACAUGUUUCGGAUGGGAGCCGAUCAAACCGAUUAGAGAUACUACGCUUUCGAGCGGAUCAAGAAUCGAUCCGAAAUUUGUGAAUAAUCCAGAAUUAAGCGAUGUGCAAUUUAGAGUUGAAGGUCGUGUUUUCUAUGGUCAUAAAAUUGUACUCGUAACAUCUUCUCCAAGAUUUAGGAAUAUGUUAAGCUCCAAACUAUGUGAAGGCAAUCCGCCUAUUGUGCAAAUUAAUGACAUAAGAUAUCACAUAUUCCAGAUGGUUAUGGAAUUUCUUUAUCACGGUGGUUGCGCCACUUUGGAAGUUAAUCAAAGUGAUGUCCUGGAAUUAAUGGCAGCGGCUAAUUUCUUUCAACUUGAUGGCUUGCUCAGAUACUGUGAGGCACAAUGUUCCACGAUGGUGGAUCUUGACAAUAUUGUUUCUAUGUACAUUCACGCAAAGGUCUAUAACGCGGCACAGCUCCUAGAAUAUUGUCAAGGGUUUUUGUUACAAAAUAUGGUAGCUCUUCUGACGUAUGAUGAUUCAGUCAAGCGUUUAUUGUUCGCGAAAAAGUUACCGAAUCACGACGUUCUCGCAGGCCUACUGCUCACCUUGCAAUCACGAAUAAAAGCCAGGCGAUCUCAACAACAAAACAAAAUAAAAGCUUAGAUAUACGCAGACUUGCGUUAUAAAACACCGAGUUGUAUAAAAGCUACAUAAAAAUAAUAAGAAUCUUGUACGACUUCUAUUUUAGAAGAUACUGAGAUUAAUUUUCUAUAUAUUGAGACUGUUACUGAUAUAAAACUGGAUAUUAUCUCAUUUUUAAAGGAUAUGUAUAAGUCUUGUUGCAUUGCAAUAUUUUUAACGUAAUUUUAAAUUGUUAGGAGAACGUAUUUAUAUAUGUACAUUGUAUAUUAAAUUAGAAUGUUAUAGAGCACAAUGUGCUGUAGUUACAAGUUACGAAGAAUACGAAGAUAGUUUUUCUUCUACGAGACUCGCUUUUCGCAAAAUAUUCCCCUGUAAAUAAGAUUGUAUUAAUAUAAGAAAAUUUUACACAGAUAUUAAUUUUCCACAUAUGUUAUAGAAAUGGAUUUUUAUCUAUUAUUAAAUAUGAACUUUCUAAUGGCAAAAGUUCUGAUCACUCGUAUGUAUAUAUCUUACUAUAGAGAUAAGUUUUUAUACUACAAUGUAACAAAAAAUCUAUUAUUAGACAUAAAGAUUAAUAAAAUACUUAAACCUUUGAUAUGAUUUAUCUAUUAGCGAUUUGGAAAAUCAAUAAAAGUGGAUAUCUCGGAUUCGUAUGUAUAUUUCCUUACACACAUUUCAUUUAUGCUUUUCCAUAAUACAAUGCCGCAGAUUGGGCAUUUUUAAAUGUAUUUUUAUAUUUUUGAAUACAAAUCAAUAUGUUAUAUAAUCCAUAUCAUAUACAGGGUAUAAAAAAACUUUUAUUUGCAAAGAACAAAACAUAAUUUAAUGCCUAAUAUUAAUUUAGCACAUACAAAUCAACAACGAUAAUAAAGCUAUUAUACUUGAUAUUAAGCGUUCGUAUCGAUAUCAAUAUCAUAGCACUAUUUAUUUAAAUGAUGUUAAUAAUUAGUUGUAUAUACAAUAUUCAGAUUAUAAUCUUAAUAAUUAUACGUUGGAUUUUUAAGAUCCGGAAUGCCUAAUAAUCAUAUCAGAAUCGAGUAAUCGUAGGAAAAUGGCUGUCUCAAUCAAAUAUUUUUUGUGUCUGACAAUAUAUAAUUUUAAAUAUAGGUGACAUUUCUUUAAUGAUAUAAUUAUAA